CAGGCGGGACAUUCGACGGAAGUAGCCUAGCUCCUGUUGUGGAAUGAGCGUCGGUGCAGUCUCAAACGGCAGUUCUGUUUGGCACAGGCUCGGCCAUGUACGUCAUGAGCCGUCGGGGCAACCGGCAGCUGGUGCUGGACAAUUACAUCUACAAGCGGAACGAGGUGAGCGCGGUGAAGACGUUCUGGAUUUGCACCAGCUACCCAGUGACGAGGUGUCGUGCUCGCGUGGCCACCGUCGCCAGCAUGGGGGACGCUGUGAUCCCCGUCUGCCGGGAGCACAACCACGCGCCCCACACGGGCAAGAUCCUCCAGAGGCUGAGGGAGCAGUCCAUGUUCUGAGCCUCCUCAUUGGCUCGGUGAUGUACAUCACGGGUCGCCGGGGCAGCCGGCAGCUGGUGCUGGACGAUUACAUCUUCACGCGGAACGAGGUGAACGCGAC